AUGGGGUUUCUCGGGGUGUAUCGAGCCCUCUACGACUACCAGCCACAGUCUGAUGGCGAGCUCACCAUCAGCGAGGGCGAUCUGCUUUACAUAAUCGAAAAGAAUGACGACGAUGGCUGGUGGAAAGCCAAAAAGAGAGCUGGCGCAGAUGAUGAAGAUGAGCCUACGGGACUUGUACCUCACAACUAUGUCGAGACGGCCCCUGCACUGACCCAAGCCCGCGCUAUUUACGAGUAUACUCGACAAACUGACGAGGAACUAUCUCUCCAUGAAGAUGCUGUUCUCGACGUGUUUGACACGUCCGACCCGGACUGGAUUCUUGUCGGUCUGGAUGAUGAUUUUGGAUUCGUCCCAGCAAAUUACAUUGACGUGGAAUCGACAGGCGUGGCGGAUCAUGCGACUUCCCAAAUGCCACCCCCGGCGUUACCGGCGAGGCCUCGCUCCGUCGCAACGACCCCGGCUGUAGCAGAAGACCCUACGGUAAUGAGUCCCGGGCCUGCAGGACCAGCGUCUGCAUUGGCCGGGGUCUUACAAGGACGGUCUACAGCGGCAAAACAUGCCGUUCCCCCGGAUCAGCUUAGGCGAGAACUUUCGGCGUCUUCAGAUAAGGAAUCUAUCAAGUCUCCUGCGUUACCUUCCCGCCCAAGACCAACACAAAUCCAGCAUACUCGAAGCAACUCGGAUGACUACGGAAUGCCUGAUCCCAACCGACUGCCCGAUGCACCACCACUUCAGAGGACACCUGGUGGAUUUCACAUGUACAAUAUCAGCGAGAUGGUCUCCGUGAUGGGUAAAAGGAAGAAGAUGCCGACUACCCUAGGUAUCAAUCUAGGGACCGGCAUGCUCCUCAUUGCUCCAGAGCGAGCACAGGAUGCCCCUCCUCAGGAGUGGACUGCCGACAAAAUGACUCACUACUCUCGCGAAGGAAAGCAUGUGUUUAUGGAAUUAGUGCGCCCCAGCAAAAGUAUCGACUUCCACGCCGGUGCCAAGGAUACCGCGGAAGAAAUCGUUUUGGCACUGGGCGAAAUGGCGGGUGCUGUGCGAGCGGAGGGUUUGAAAGAGGUUAUAAUGGCUGGAGCACAGCGCUAUCAACGAAAGGGAAAAGUUCUAUAUGAUUUCAUGGCCCAGGGCCAGGAUGAGGUCACUGUCGCCGCCGGUGAUGAAGUUAUUAUCUUGGACGACUCCAAAAGUGAAGAGUGGUGGCAAUUGCGGCGACUUAAAAAUAGCAAGGAGGGGGUUGUUCCAAGCAGCUAUAUUGAGAUCAUUGGCGCUGUCACACCUCCACCUACUGAGGGCGGCACUCGCAGUGGCAUGUCCUCCGUCGAGCAAAAUCGCUUGGAAGAGAUGAGACUCACCAAAGAAGCCCUGAAGGCCAGCAAAGAAGAGCCUCAACAGCGUAGCCGUCGCGAAAAUGGCCAUGGCGAAAGUAGUAAUUCUUCCAAAAGCAAGUCAAAAUAUGUCGAAAACCUUACGGGUAUCUCGCUAGAGGAUGAAAAGCCUCUUGCUGAUGUGCGGCGCUCCAAAGCAGCGAACCGGCCAAGCGAACCAUCAGGCGCCAAAGUUGAAAGGAAUAAGAAGCCUGAAUACGACUGGUUUCAGUUCUUCCUCUCUUGUGACGUCCCUGUGGGAUUGUGCGAACGUUAUGCUCAAGCAUUCAUUCGAGACUCCAUGGAUGAAAGCGUCCUUCCCGAUGUCAACGCCGUUAUUCUUCGAACACUAGGUAUUCGCGAAGGCGAUAUCAUCAAGAUCAUGCGCAGUUUGGAUACGAAAUUUGGGCGGGAACGGAGUGCUGAGGGUGAUAGCAGCACUGGAGGACUGUUCUCGGGACCUGGGGGUGCACUUCGCAACAACACUCGGAAGGGUCGUCCAGCGCCCGCUGUUCAGACGAAUGAUGUUGUCGAUGCAACAACCCUUUCCAAGGAAUCAGGGGGUAGCGCCAUAGCAAAGUCCAGUGGCAGCCCCAUUCAUGGAGAACCCAAACCAGCUUUGGCUGGCUUCGAGGACGACGCCUGGGAGGUGAAACCCAGCAAACAGCCACGGGCCGGGAAGACUGUAGAGCCUACAGAAUCGAUGCCCCCUUCUGCAACAGCCAUGCCGGCACUUGCGGGUUCCCUGAAAGAUUUGUCUAUGCUCAGCGCACCGCUGGAACCGAUCAAAGCUGAGUCUGUCAAUCAGCCAGAGUCUGCAGCAACCACAUCAACCUCGGCCUCACCAGUACCACAAUCUCAACCACUGUCAGGGGCGAGCCCUUCGUUCUUUUCUUCUGUAUCAGGCUCGCGAACAGGUGGCCCUGCAUCGCCGAAGUCUCUUGCACGGCAACGACCAACACCAACCAUACCCACCGGUCAUGGUUCUCUCCCGCCUCCCCCAACGCAGCGGUCAAUAUCUGCUCCCCAGCAGCAGAGUGCUUUCGCAGUACCAGCAUUGUCGGCGCAAAUGACCGGUCUUGUUCAGGGGCAGGUAGCUCCGCCAGGUCAAAGUCUCAAUGACAUCACGCAGGCGCGCCUUCAGCAGCAGUUUACAGCUCAGAUGCAGCAGAUGCAGCAGAUGCAGCAGAUACAGGCGCUCCAGCCGACUAUGACGGGUUACGGUACUUUGCAGAAUCAGACUCAUCUCGCGCCGUAUCAGACAGGUGCGCAGUAUAUGCAAGCCAUGUACACAGGAGUUCCAACACAAAGCCCGUUUCAAGAUACUGGCGCGCCUAGCCAGUUCUCACCGCUUCAGGCACAGCACACUGCCUAUCCUCCCCAGUUUCAACCGCAGUCAUCAUUCGGUCAGGCCAAUCAGGCCAAUGUUAAUAACUACUUACCGCCUGCUCUUGAACCGCAACGAACUGGAAUAGCCGUCAUGCACCAACCACAGGCUACUGGUCUCAAUACUUUUAGUACUCAACCUCCACAAGCUCUCCAGCCGCAGAAGACAGGGCCGCCGCCACCUCCGACAGGGCGACGAGCGAACUUGUCUCAAGCUACGCCUCAGAACCCCUUUGGCUUCUGA